AUGCCUAACUUCUCGACCACAAUUUUCGAACAUUCAUUUGUAAUCUCCGCAAUUCGACUUUGGAGAAAACUACCAACUGAAACCACAGAAUCACUCAGCCAGGACUCCUUCAAGAGUAAUGCUUUUGAAUUUUUUGUGAAACUGGAACGAGAUAGUUAUGCAAAAUAUCUUGAUUCCGUCAACUAA